AACAGCAGACUGGAGGAAAACGGGAGCUCACACUGGGAACGGAGUGUAUAGUGCAAUAACACGCUGAUUUUCCCCCCCACGACACGAGGAGUGGUCCCAGGCUGACUAGUGAGACGCGGAUGAGGAAAAGCCUGCUCCUACUUUACAGUUACCGCGCUCUCCAGAGAAAGGGCAAGAAAAGUAAGAGGCGAAAAUGGCCAGUUACACUGUCCGACCAGCUACUCCCCGGGACUGCGCCGACAUCCUCCGCCUCAUCAGGGAACUUGCUCGGUAUGAAGAAAUGGAAAAUGAUGUGAUGUUGACUGAGAAAGAUCUGCUUGAAGACGGUUUUGGGGAGCAUCCAUUUUAUUACUGCUUUCUUGCAGAAGUGCCAGCAGAAGAUGCAACUCCUGAAGGAUACAGUAUUGUGGGAUAUGCUAUGUACUACUACUCAUAUGAUGCUUGGACUGGAAAAUCACUAUAUCUUGAAGAUUUCUAUGUAAUGGAAGAAUUUCGAGGAUAUGGAAUUGGUUCAGAAAUUCUGAAGAAGAUCAGUCAGGUUGCUAUGCAGCACGACUGUAGCAGCAUGCAUUUCGUUGUGGCAGACUGGAACCAACGUUCAAUCAACUUUUACAAGAAACUUGGUGCUACUGAUCUGUCUAAAACACAGAGAUGGCAUCUGUUUGAGAUUCCAAAAAAUCACUUGGUUAAAAUGGCAACUGAAGAGUGAGUUGGAAGAGCAAAGUCCAGUUACAAUUGUAUUUCUUACCAAAGAAUCUUAAUUAACAAAGUUAUGUAAUUGUUGUAAAUUUAAGACCCUAAUUUGAUUUGUUUUUAUGCUUAAUAUAGAAUCACUUCCUACGACAGUCAUUUUGCAAUGUCUUUUUUAUUUAGAAUCCGUUUUGCAGUCACAUUUAUGUUGUUGAGCCUGUGUUAUUUAAUCAACUAUUUUGUGCAAAACAUAUAUAUAAAGAAUUAGUAAAUUGCAGGUUUUUGUUGCUUAUGCCAAUUGAUAGUAUUUCUGUCCUGUCGGGAAAUGCUGAGCUAUAAGUGUUUUAAUGUGUAUAUAUAGCUUUGUUUGGAUAUAGUGUUGAUAUUGAUGAAAACUGGGUGCUAAAUAAAUCACUUAUGUUUUACCAAAA